AUGAAGAAAAUGAUGGUUGAUCAAGCUAUGGUCAGAAAACUUUCUGCAUGUGAGACUAUGGGAUCUGCUACUACUAUUUGCACUGAUAAAACAGGUACACUCACUUUGAAUCAGAUGAAGGUGACAAAAUUUUGGCUUGGUUUAGAACCACUGGAAGAUGGUGCAUAUUUAAAUGUUGAUCCAUUUGUUCUUCAAUUGAUCAAAGAAGGAGUUGCUCAUAAUACAACCGGUGGAGUUCAUGAAUCUAAAUCAGUUUCUGAUUCAAAAUUUGAAUUUUCUGGUAGUCCAACAGAAAAGGCAAUAUUAUCUUGGGCUGUUUUGGAAUUGAAUAUGGAGAUGGAAACUUUGACAAAAAGUUGCUCUAUUCUUCAAGUUGAAACUUUCAACUCAAAGAAGAAAAGAAGUGGAGUUUUGUUGAAAAGAAAUGUUGACAACAAAAUUAAUGCACACUGGAAAGGAGCAGCAGAGAUGGUACUGAGAAUGUGCUCAAAAUACUAUGAUGCUUAUGGCAUUGUGAAAUAUCUUGACAAUGAAACCAUGUCGAAAUUCGAAAGCAUUAUUCAAGGUAUGGCAGCUAGUAGUCUUCGUUGCAUCGCUUUCGCAUAUGCUGAAGUUGAUGUUCAAGAGCUAGGAGAUGAACGAGAAAACAGCGGGAUAGUGGUAAAAGACAAUGGUUUAACAUUGUUAGGACUUGUUGGUAUUAAGGAUCCGUGUCGUCCUGGGGUGAAGACUGCGGUGGAAGCUUGCCAACAUGCUGGUGUGAAUGUCAAAAUGAUUACAGGUGACAAUAUUUUCACUGCAAAAGCUAUAGCAUUUGAAUGUGGGAUUCUUCAACCUAAUCAAGACACAGAUGAAACCGUGGUUGAAGGCGAACAAUUUCGCAACUUCACGCACGAAUAA